CAGUGGAAGCAAGCCAUGCUAGAGGACCCGAAUCAGGGAGCAGGGGCCAACCAUGAAAAGGCGAUGGAUGCGAUAGCCAACGUCCCUAGUGAGGACAAAAAGCCUGAGGAUGUCACGGGGGUGCAGAAGCAGAUCUGUGACCUUGCGGAACAGCUCUCUAGACAGGCAUCUUGGUGGUGUGCAGCUCACAAAGACCUCCAGAGUCAGAUCGAUGACCUGAUGAAAGAGAAUCAGGAUCUCCGAGAGGAAUUGAAGACUUUGAAGGAGAAGGUUUCGGGAAACACAAAAAGCCCUGGAGCCUUGCCAGCCGAGACAGAAGCAGCCGGCAGUAUGCCAGUGUACAUAAGGAUAGAGGGAGUUGGUUCAGAUAAAACGACAUCAUGGGAAGACAGAGAUGACCCUCCUUCUGCAAGUAUUCAAAACGGAAGUAUAAUAGCCACUGGAGGAUCAGACUCCAUAGAUGAAGGAUUGUCUUUUAUGUCUUUUGACGAAAAGGUUAUGCAGCUGUCCUCCAAAUUUCUGCAAGGACACCUUGGCAGAAUAUCAACAGAACUACCUUCUGACACCACGUUCCUGGACUCAGAGUCAAUGGCUGAUAUAUGGUCCUCCAAUCCAGACAGUUCGGAAGGUGAGAUUCUCAUGCAGGCUCAAGCAAGAAGGCUCCUCCCUGGUUUUUCCCAGAAUGCAAUGUGGCUGCGGAAUAUUCUGUCAAAGUCAGGACCUUCUAGAGACGUGCCAUAUACCACAGACACUAAUGAGGACACUGAGAUGCAGGAAAAGCGACACUUGAACGGCAAGGUGGAGGAGGUUCUCAGUGAUGGGCGAACUAUCAUCACCUUCCCUAACGGAACCAGGAAGGAGAUCAGCGCUGACAAGAAGACGACCAUCAUCAGGUUUUUCAAUGGUGACAUGAAGAAGGUCAAGCCUGACCAGAGAGUGAUUUAUUAUUAUGCGGAUGCUCAGACCACGCACACAACCUACCCAGACGGUGUCGAAGUUGUGAAGUUUCCCAACAAGUGGACCGAAAAAUUCUACCCAGAUGGCUCCAAGGAAACUGUGUUUCCUGACGGGACAGUGAAACAGCUUAAGGAUGGAUGUGAGGAGACUGUGUUCCCCGAUGGGACAUCUGUGAUAGUGAAAAGGAAUGGAGACAAAACCAUCACGUUCAGCAAUGGACAGAAAGAAAUCCACACAGCCAGGUUCAAGAGGAGGGAAUUCCCAGAUGGCACCACCAAGACUGUGUACUGCAAUGGCUGCCAAGAGACCAAGUAUGCCUCAGGGAGGGUCAGAAUCAAAGAUGAGAUGGGAACUGUCAUCCUGGACUGGAAGUAG